CACAUUCGCCAACACAACCACACAAGAGCGCGCACAUGCGUUCUCUCUCUCCAAAAAGAAAAAUCUCGAGAGCUGAAUACUUUUUCCAACAUCUCAUCAAAGCACAAUAGCGCUGCGCAUCGCUGCCAGCUGGCAGCAGGCCACAAGAAGCAGUGGAGGUAUUUCCUUUCACUGGAAAAAGCGGACGGUCAGAGGCGCAGGCGAGACGGCGGUCGGCUUCAGUUGUUUGGACCGUCAUUCUCCCUCCAUGGGCACAACACCGAGCAAACUACCCCAGCUAAAGUUGGGUAAGUUAAAUUUGGUGCGCCAGCGUCUGCUACAACGUUAUGAGCACGAGCCCUUCGUCUCGUGUCUCUCCGGACUCUACGGCUGUCAGUGGAAACGCAACCAGCGCACCCGCGCCCAUCAUGGACACUGCUGCUGCUCUAAGCUGGAAUGUGGCAGUUUUGCGCUGAUCGUUUUGACGUUUUGUGUCACUCUGGUGUUUCUCUACUUCUGGGGAGAAGUGCAGAAUGACUACAAUGACUUUAACUGGUUUAAUUUUGGAAAUCUGGGCUUCUGGUUUCCAUGGUCCAUGGUUUUGUUGAUUCUUGCAGUUUGUCUAUUCACCUAUGUUGCUGUCCUUUUGCUGCUGGCGGUUUGUCUUCUUUCAGAAGGUCAGAGGUUAUAUUUACACUGGUGUCACAAGAUCGGCAUCUCGGUGACUUUGAUUCUCUCCAUUGUGGCCACAUCUGUUCUCACAGAUUUAUGGAGGAAGGAGUGGCUCACUGUAGUUUUAUCUUUCCAGGUAACUGCUCCAUAUCUACACAUAGGUGGGGUAGCGUUAAUGACUUUGUUAUCUUGGCCCAUAGCCUUUCAUGUCUUCCGGAUUAAUUUGAGAGUGCGACGGAUGGCUAUUGUGGUGCUGUAUAUAGUAGUUCUAAUGGCUCUGUACCUGGUACCUCUGGGCAUCCAUUCCCCCUGCAUUAAAGAGAGGAACAGUUUAGGGCCGGCUCCUGCAUUAAUUGGACACAGGGGAGCACCAAUGCUUGCUCCUGAAAAUACAUACAUGUCUUUUGAGAAGGCGGUGGCAGCUGGCAGCGAUGGUUUAGAGACGGAUGUCACCAUCAGCUAUGAUGGAGUACCUUUUCUCAUGCACGACAAGAACUUACGCAGGACAACCAAUGUGAAGGAAGUAUUCCCUAACUGGACAGACGUCUCACCUGCCAUGUUUACUUGGAGGGAGUUGAAGAGUCUCAAUGCAGGCUCUUGGUUUUUAUCUCAAGACCCCUUUGGAACAGCUUCUUCUCUGAGUGCAGAUGAGCACAUACAGGCUCAGAAUCAGUCGGUAUGCACACUGAUGUCUUUUCUGGAUUUGGCUGCUCAGCACGGGAAACUAGUGAUAUUUGAUUUGUACCGGCCACCCAGGGGUCACCCUUAUAGAGACGCCUGGAUAUCUCGCACCCUGGAAGUCAUCCAGAAUGAGUCAUCUAUUCAUUCAAGUCAGGUGUUGUGGUUGCCUUCUGAGCUCAGAGAGUUUGUGCACGACAUCGAUCCAAUGUUACAGCAGACGUCAAAUGACCAGGCAGCAGUGAAAGACCUUCAGCUUAGAAACAUAGUCAAACUUAACAUCCACUACAGCUCAAUGUCAGAGAAAGAUAUCAGAAAUUACGCGGCUGCAAAUAUCAGCACCAACCUGUACGUGAUCAGCGAGCCGUGGCUGUUUUCUCUUGCCUGGUGUGUGGGUGCUCGCUCUGUCACCACAAAUGCUGUCCACAUCCUCAAGAACCUACAGAGGCCUCUCUUACUGAUGACGCCAGAUGAGUACAGGCUCAUGUGGGCUCUUACUGACCUGACAUCCCUUAUUCUUAUAUUGAUUAUUUUUGUGUUUCACUGGUGGAGAGAACGUGGUUUGGAUCUCUGCGUGGGGAAGAUUUCUGCACUUGAAAAUGGGUCAUUCAUACAAUUCAGGACAGAGAUAAAUGAGGUGUGGUCUCUAUCCAACACGAGUGCCUCUGAGAAGCAAGGAACAUCGCUUGCAGGCACCUGGUGAAGCCUAAUGGUUGAUAUUUAACCCUGAAUCUUUAAACCUCUUACCUCUAACUGAUGUUCAGUUAUUUAACUUAACAUUGAGCAGGUCACAAACAUGUUAUCUGAGCAGCAUCGUUGUAGAUGUUGCUAAGAUUGAUGAAAACGAUUCUUUUUUAAACUUCUUUAUAUUAUCAUUCCACUAUAAGAAAAUUCUCAAUGUCAAGUUUAAAUAGAUAUUUGUUGCUGAAAUUGUUAUUAUCUUUAUUCAAAUGAGUGGAUUUAGUGCUUUUACGUUUCAUAAAUGAUAGUAUUAAAAUCCAUUUCAUGGUUUUGACUGAAUCAUUAACUCUAAUAAGAAACUAAGUGGUCAUAAAUCAUAUUGGGCUAAUGGUCUAUUUUACUCUAGCUAACGAUUGUUCAUCUCAACAUGCUUAACUCAAACAGAUAAAAUGUUUAAAUAAAAGAUAUAGCUAUUUAUUUUUCUUCAAAAUACUGUUACACAAUGCACUUUACAUUAGCAAUGCCAUAA